UACAUUUUAUACAUAAAUUCUAUGAAGAUUCAACAAUGCCAGGCAAAGGGACAAAUAGGUCCAAACUGGCUGAGCUCUCAGUGGCAUACAACUUUAAAGUUGUGUGUUCUGCAUGCUCUGUCAAAGAGAACGAAAUCACAUACAGCCUUAAAGCAGUCGAACACCAAUGCGGCAGAGAACUUCUAUUGGCUAAAGGCAAAGGUACUAGCAAAUGGAGGCCUGUUUCCUGCCGCCCUAAAUUUACAAACCCCAGCCAGUAUAAUGUGUGUUGGUACUUUGUGGAGGGGUCCGGGUGUUCAAAGCACAGGAACCGCUGCACCUUCGCAAGGAGCCUUGAGGAGGCUGCCAUGUGGAACUUUUUAAAGCACCAGAAGAUAGAUCACAGCACGUGAAUUAGACUGAUAACUCAGUCAAAGAGAAUCGCUGUCCAACAGCAAAACCCAGCCGAAGAAAUUCUCACUGAGUUCUCAGGGGAAUUUCAAGAGCUCUGUCAAGACUGCUUUCUGUGGCACUCCAACAAAGAUUACAGGUAAACGGUGGAACAACACUUGCUCAGCGGAUACAGCCCAUGUCUGGAGCCCAGUCUUGGUUCAUCACCUGGCAGAAAAUCAGGGGAAGGAAGUCUACAAUCAGAUCAGGCCUCUUCCUCCAGUCUUCCCUUUCCAGUACUGCAACUAUUUCAAGCAAGGUAUGCCCUGUUGGCACGGCCCCAGCCAGUCCCAAUUAUUGCACAGCAAGGUGUAAUUGGCUGUAUGGCGAACAUUGUGCCUCCUUGGGGCACUCUCAGAUGAUUUCUGGGGACACAACCACGGAGUGGAAACAUCGUCCCCCACCUCACAGCCACAAAGCAGAGUUUUGGUUUUGCGACAGGCCUGACACCUGUGAAUAUGGCACCAACUGCGUGAAAGCUCACUCUGUGGAGGAGCUUGAAGAGUGGCUAAUGCGAGCCGAAGAGGACAAGGUGAUGAGGCGCAACAUAAAGGCUCAAGGCCUCAUGUCCUACAGGGAACAACUCUUAGAGGAGUACAGACAGAGCAGCAAUGAAGUGCAAAUUAUUUCAGAACAAGUUGAUGACGUGAGAGUCACUUUUGAUGGGGAUUUGUGUGUGGAGUGUGUGGAGACUGAUGCCGAAUUCAAAUGGAACUUCCAGAUCAAAACAGAGAGACUACUUGCACAUGUAGCAUUACUGAAACAGGAACCUGGAGCCUCUUUCUCCCUGGAUGAAAACAGUCCUGGAACACUGGCAUCGGGGGAACAGGGUCAUCAUCCCAUGCAUGGACAAGACAGAAGUACAGGAAGAGCUUCUGAAGGAGUACAAGCCCCCUCAGAUUAGCUUUCAGUAUAAACCACUUGAUGACAGCAACACGGCCAUGAAUCACCAGAACUACAAGAAGAAAAUGCACAGCUUCCUGUACACAGAGGAGCAGGCAGAAGAUCAGAUAGU